AGAGUUAUCUUCCAAACUCUCUGAAACGUUUUAUAAUUAGUUUGAUAGGGCUCGAAAGAAACGAACACAGCCAAGAUGCCGCGUUGUUACAUGGUGAAGAAAGCUCUGUGCAACAAGUACAUAAGCAACGUUGCCAGAGGAUUCGAGAGCUGGGGUCGAGGAAGGAGCACGCCAUCACCGACCACCAUGCAGAUCCCGGUCUCGCCCAUAGAAGGGAGCGUCGCACCCCCUGUUGCUCAAGAAUACCUGAGCACGCAGUCUCAAGACACGACGACAGGAACGAAGACGCUUGAGCAGGACGUCUCCAAGGGGAAGGUGGACGAGCCCAGCAAUGUGGACAUGGCGAUCGCGACAAGCAAUGCGGGCACACCAGCGACAGAACCUCCAAUUACUGCUCGAACGGAGGCAACAUCUCCAACGGUGAUUACCUGCGCCACUACAGGCUCAUCCUCCACGAUAGCGGCGUCGCAAACAGAAUCGAUCGCCUUGGGUGUCGAGAACACAACGAUCACCACGUCCACGUUACCUUUCACAGCUCCCAGAUCACCGUCCAGAACAGUUCAUACAAACUAUCAACAACACACGAACAUGCCUCAUCACUCACCUCCGGGAGAACCUUCUCCUCCUUCGAGCACCGCUACACCGUAUCACACCGUCGAAGAAACAACGGAUCAUUCUGCAUCUGAAUCGAGGAUAGGGUCCAAUAACGGCAAUGUGAUCACCAAUUAUGUGUCUUCGAUGUUCAAGGAUCGUUCCGCAGCCGAAACAGAAGCUGCUCACGACUUGUUGGAACUGUCGAGGUCACUCCCGCCAUUACCGCCACCUAGUGUCGCAAUCGGGCCACAGAGCGUGAUAGAGUCGCCUGCUACGGACAUACAAGAAAUGACAGUGUAUCAACCUGAUCAACCAAUCUACCAGGUGAAUACCAUCGACCUGGCAAACUCAACAGUCUACACGCACCACCAUCAACAACAACAAACGCCCACCGCGAGCAUUAUUUACGAGCCCAGCGCGACGAUAGUUCAACAAACGGGCAGCGUAUUCAUCCCUCUGUCUCCUGUUCAAGAGAUUCUGCUCACUUACAGCACACCGUCCAUUCCGUGCACACCGAUUGUCGCCACUCAACAACCACCCCAACCUCUAGCGCAGCAACAGCAAUCUCACCAGACUAUAGAGGCGGCGCCACCGUUGACGCCACCUACCUCGGAAUGCAGCAGCGACAUCGAGAAUAACAAUCCUAAUUCGCAACCUAGUCAGAAAGAUAAGGAGGUGCAGACUGUGACCGAGCAAACGGAAGUGAAACCGGCCAGUUACACUUAUGACACUUUAUUGGUGGCUGAUGGAAGAUCGAAGAACAAGAAGAUCAUACCUACUCAGAAAACGCAGGAGACAGAACCAGUCGAAACGCCCGAGACGUCGAAAAUUGGACGAUACGUCUGUUGCGAGUGCGGUAAACAAUACGCGACCUCGUCGAACCUGUCGCGACACAAACAAACCCAUCGUAGCAUCGACUCGCAAUCGGCGAAGAAAUGCAUCCACUGCGGCAAGGCGUACGUUAGCAUGCCAGCGUUGGCGAUGCACGUGCUUACCCACAAGUUGACACACAGUUGCGGCGUGUGCGGUAAGAUGUUCUCCAGGCCGUGGUUGCUGCAAGGCCAUUUAAGAAGUCACACGGGAGAGAAGCCUUAUGGGUGCGCGCACUGCGGCAAAGCGUUCGCCGAUCGGUCGAAUCUUCGCGCCCACAUGCAGACCCAUUCCGCGGACAAGAACUACGAAUGUCACAAGUGCCACAAAUCGUUCGCGCUCAAGUCUUACUUGAAUAAACACUUGGAGUCCGCUUGCCAGAGGGAGAACGAUGAGCCCAACAACGACCUAGAUGCGCCACAAUAGAUUCGUUCGAUUCGUUGGGGAAUAGUUGGCGCUCGUGUCGCUGGUUAUGAUCAAUUAACAUGUCGAGCCAAAGAAGCAAUUUUUCCAAGGUGCAAACUCAUCGGUAGGUCAAUCCGUCUGGAAAUAGAUCUAUAAUGAUGACGAAUUCAUUGUUUUUCCCUUCCUUUCAUAAACUUAUAAAAAAAUUCACAAUUCAUACGCUUGAUCGAAUUAGCGAAAGGAAGAGAUGAUCCAUGAAAUAUAUAAAAACAACGGAAGUACUUUCAUCUUAGAGAUUGACAAGUGAUCCUUCAUCGUUAAACACCAACAACGCAUCGUAUUCUCAUUCUGGGUAAGCAAACGAUUUCAAACGCAUUUCAAUCGCGAUUCAAGUCAUAACAAAAUUGUUUAAGAACAAAGAACAAACACGUAAAAGAUACGUGUUCGAAGAUGAAACUUAUCUUUCCUAUAUAAACGAUUAAGGAUUGAACCAACAUGAAAAUAUCAUGGUUAAACCAAUCAAAUUUAAAAUCGUUUCAUUCUUCGCGCGAGAUUGGCUCCAAAAAGUGAAGUUUAUUAUUAAAAUAAGCGGAUAUUAAAGUCGCGUUUAAGGAAAGAGAAGAACUCGAAUACUCUCGAAUUACAUUUACAGGGAUAUAUCGUCCUAAGCUAAGACAAUUUUAUUCGCAUCGAAACGCGUACGAUGCUAUUCUAACGACAUUCCUUUCGUCCAUGA